AGCGAGAGAGGAGAGAAGGAGAGAAGGAAAAAAAGAGAAGAGGAGAGAAACGCCAUCCUUCCAGCAUCCUUCAGGAGGAGCCUCCGCGGCUGUGGAUGGGCAGGCAAAAGGAGCGUUUGGAGAGGAGGUGAGGAGGAGGAGGAGGAGGAGCAGGAAGAAAGGAAGGGAGGAAGGAAGAGGGGCGAACGCUGUGGAUGCGAGCAGGAAAAACGCGCGCGCUGUGGGAGUUACACAACCUGCGAUAAUAGCAUCCUUUGCACGCGCCGCAUCAGCACCGAGGUUUGUGGUCACCGCAGAUUGGCUGGACCGGACCGGGCCGGACUGGACCGUACCGGACUGGACCCUGCGUGUUCCAUCCUUUUCUCCGUGGCAGAAUUAAGGAUUAUUUUGUCUUUAUAACAGAGAGAGACCCGGACUGCCUCGGCCUGAGUGCUGGUCCCCAUCCCCCUCAGCCCCCUCUCCAUCCCCCCGAUCCUCGCAGGAUAGUAGGAUAAGCUCGUGCUGGUGCUCUCGGGCUCUCUGAAGGCUAAAGAUGUCCGGACAAACCCUGACUGACCGCAUCGCUGCGGCUCAGUACAGCCUGACCGGCUCUGAGGUGGCCAGGGCCGUGUGCAAGGCCACCACCCACGAGGUGAUGGGACCGAAGAAAAAGCACCUGGAAUAUCUGAUCCAGGCUACACAGGAGUCCAACGUGAACAUCCCUCAGAUGGCCGACACACUGUUCGAGAGGGCAGGGAACGCCAGCUGGGUCGUCGUCUUCAAGGCACUGGUCACCACACACCACCUCAUGGUCCAUGGCAACGAGAGAUUCAUCCAGUUCCUCGCCUCCAGGAACACACUCUUCAAUCUCAGUAAUUUUUUGGACAAGACCGGCUCCCGUGGCUACGACAUGUCCACCUUCAUUAGGCGCUACAGCAGAUAUCUUAACGAGAAAGCCUUCGCAUACAGACAGAUGGCUUUUGACUUCGGCCGAGUGAAGAAGGGGGCCGACGGUGUAAUGAGAACGAUGUCUACAGAUAAGCUGUUGAAGGGCAUGCCCACCCUGCAGAGUCAGAUCGACGCCCUGCUGGAGUUUGACGUCCAUCCAAACGACCUCGUCAAUGGGGUGAUCAACGCUGCUUUUCUGCUGCUCUUCAAGGACCUGAUCAAGUUAUAUGCCUGCUACAACGACGGAAUCAUUAACCUCCUGGAGAAAUUUUUCCAGAUGAAGAAAGGACAGUGCAGAGAUGCUUUGGAAAUCUACAAACGAUUCCUGACGCGAAUGACGCGGGUUUCAGAGUUCCUCAAAAUUGCAGAGCAAGUCGGAAUUGAUAAGAACGAUAUCCCGGAACUCACUCAGGCCCCUGAGAGUCUGCUGGAGUCUCUGGAGACACAUCUGAACACCCUUGAGGGAAAAAGGGGUGAUGAGUCGCCAACUAAGAAAAUGUCAGCAGCCAGUAACGGGACGCCUGCUGGGACUCCAGUGAAGACAGCAGAGGCCGUUCCUGCACCGGUCAGCGCAGCAGCUGCUGCCCCUCAGCCGCCUGCUGCCGAGCCGAAAGCAGCAGCAUUGAACAGUGGAUUUAAUGAUCUGGUGGAUUUUGAUUUGCUGGCUCCCAGUGCAGGUGCCUCCGCAGCUCCCACAGCAUCAUGGGGAGAUCUUCUGGGUGAGGACUCUCUCUCAGCUCCUGCUGCAGCUCUGCUGUCUGACUCUGACUCCGCUGCUGCUGCUCCGGCUGAUUCUGCUGAAACAGGCGCCGUGACUGCAGCUGAACCUGCAGCUAACGCUAGCGCUGCUGCCCCAGCAGCCCCAGCCUCGCUUCCUACACCUGCCCCAACCACAUCCAUCUCAGACAUGGACCUAUUCGGAGAUGCGUUUGCCCCCUCCCCGGGCGAUGGGCCAGUUGAGGGCGGGGCUCCAGCAGUCGCUGCUGAUGCAUGUGCCGGAUCUGACCCCUGGGCUCCCUCAGAGGGGAGUGUGGAAGUUGCCCCAGAGCUGGACCUUUUUGCCAUGAAGCCAGCAGAGGGCAACACUGUGGCAGAAAGCCCAACUAACGGAGAGCCGAGCAUCGUCCCCAGUGACCCUGCCGCUGCCCCCAGCGCUGCUGCCCCCGCUGAACCCGCCACCCCCACCACCACCACAGCCACAGAGUCAGCGGCCGCUCCGCCACUAGACAUCUUUGGUGAUAUGUUUGAUUCUGUGCCUGAGCAAAGCGUCUCCACAGAGUCCAAAGCUGCCGUUACACCCACUGCUAACGUAGACCUGUUCGGUGCAGAUCUUCCCGCUGUCUCUCGAGGGCCGUCGCCCCUGCCUGAGGCCACAGUCACCGCUGACCUUCUUUCAGACUCCUUCAUUGCUCCAGCUCCGCCUUUGGCUGCUGCUCCUGCUCCAACUCCGGUUUCUCCUCCCAAACCCGAGGCUCCUGUUCUGGACCUACUGGACACUUUCGGGGAGGCUGCAGCAGAGCCUCAGAGCUCAGCAGCUGCUGGAGAUCUGCUCGGAGGUCUGAUUUCUCCGGUGGCCCCUACGGUCCCCCCGGUGGCCUCUGCAGGGGCGGUGCCGUCCGGAGCCCAGGCUGACCUGCUGGAGUCCACCUUUGACGCUUUCGCCUCCAGCCCUGCUGCCUCCACAGCGGUGGACAGUGCGGCGGCUUCCACAGCACCCUCUGGAGGAUUUGACCCGUCAGUGUUCGAUGGGUUAGGUGACCUCCUCAUGCCCACAAUAACACCCCAGAGUACCGGAGGGACCCCCAUGGCUGCAACAGGUGUUCCAGUGGCUCCAGCAGUAGCGCCAGCUGCAAUGCCAACCAUGAUGCCCACCAUGAUGCCCGCCAUGGUGCCCACUGUAGCCCCGCCGCCAAAAGCCAUCAGUGACGACCUCGAUUCAUCACUUGCAAACCUUGUUGGAAACCUGGGGAUGGGAAACCAGAAAAAAGAUGAGAAGAAGCUGACCGGCGGCGCGAACUGGACUCCACAGGUUGCGCCCACCAGCUGGGGCACACCUGCAGCACAGAUGCCUGGUGCUGUACCUGGAGCUGCCGCUGGAGCGCCCCCUGCUGGAGCCAUGCCAUCUGCCAUUGGGACACAGCCUGGCUUCGGCCUGCCCCCAGCUGCUGGUGCUGCAGGCCCCAUGAUGCCCCAGCCAAUGAUGAUGGGUCAGCCUAUGAUGAGGCCGCCUUUUGCAGGAGCGCCUGGAGCACCUGGAGCCCCACUGUCUCCAGCAGCGCAGAGCCCUAAGAAGCCUCCCACUAAAGACCCUCUGGCUGACCUCAACAUUAAGGACUUCUUGUAAUCUCCCAGUAUUUUGUUGCUGGGUUCCGGUGAGAGUGGCGCAUCCGCUGACCGUUUACACACCUUCAGUUAGCCACAACCUGAAAACACACGCACCCCCCCCCCCCCCCCCCCUCCCCGCUCCGUGUAAUGUCGUAGCACAAACUGUGAAGUGAAACUUAGAGAAAAAAUGUCAAAGAAAAAAAGAACAGUGAAGGUUUGCUUAUGUCAUCGUAAUCGAAUCAUUUGUUUUAACGGAAAAUAAAAACAUUCAAACUUAAAAUCGACGAUUUAAAAAAUGACGUAUGUAUGUAUGUAGAGUUUUUCCAGUGUUGGCGUCUGAGUGUGAACGGCGUGUGUGUGGGUGUGUUGAUGAUCUCCUGUUCUGCCCCGGCUGUUUCCUGUGGGGGUCACAGGGUCCCACUUUCUGUUCUAUGUCCAUUUCGGAGCAGCGUGUAACGUGUCCUCUGCGGAAGAUAAUUAUGUAUAUAUUCGGAAAAAUUAAAGAAAAAAAAUGCUCUGCUCUGUAUCUGUGGAUGAGCUUAUUGACGUGAAUCUGAUUAUGAAAUUAUGACGUAGUCAUCUCCCAUCACUGGUUAUAUUCAUAUUUGUUUCUGAAAAUAACUUGCAUCCAGUAUACAUACACAGUAUAUGUAUAAACGAGUAUCAUAUCUGGGCUUUUAAAUUCUAUAUAAACCCUCAAACAUGUGUUUGUUCUGGAUGGUUAAUCGUGGUUCUCCCUCACGUUCUGCCUUUUUAAUGGAAACGUGUAGAUGAAGAACGUCUGUCAGCUCAAUGUUAAAGGACCAGGUUGAGUAAACCUGAAAACAGUGGAAGAGCCACUCAUCGGUUUAAAAAUGCUAACAGAUGGCUACUACUUAGCAUUUCUAGCUGAAUUGUUCCGUCGAGUCCUAAAAUAUUUCAUCUGCAUUUUUAUUUUGAGAACAUUUGGUUUUUGUUUUGUUUUUUUAAUUUUGAUUCCAUGUUGAAUUUAAGUGAGUGGAACCCACAGCAAGUCAUUUUCAGAACCCACGAAUGAAAGAACUGCAUUUACAUUUGUUUUGAUUGUCAUGAUUGCUUGUGCUGUUUAAAUACUAAACAUAAGCUGGUCGGUGUUAUUUUUGUAUAAAUGUAGACAGAAAUGUUUAGUCCAGUCCCCCUUUGACCACAACACUGAUCCAAAAUCUGAUUUGUUAUGUGUGAUAUUGAAAUAAAGUUUCAUUUAUGCUGGAAAAUGAUGCAGCAGACACACAACGGAAAACGUGUGUUUUACCUGUAGGUGACUAAAGCCCUCUUGGAGCUGGAUUAGUUUUCCCCGAGGAGGUGGUGCAAUUUCCCAAAAUUUGAUUUAUACAGUAUCUAUGUACGUUAAUGUUUAUCUCAAAAUUACAGCAUAGAAAGCCCUCAAUAACAAUAACAGCACAACAGGAUUGGAUUGGACAACUGGAUUAAAAUCACUCCACAAUUAUUACAGUCAGACUAUAAAACUACACACUGCAGAUUCAUACUGGAUUAAAAUCACUCCACAAUUAUUACAGUCAGACUAUAAAACUA